AUGGCCGCCGCCAACAGACAGGGCAAGAUGCAAAACCUAAUCAACUACCGCAUGAAGGUGACACUUCAAGACGGCAGGCAGAUGGUCGGGCAGAUGCUCGCAUUCGACAAGCACAUGAACCUCGUCCUCGCCGACACGGAGGAGUUCCGCCGCACACGACGAAGGGGAAAGGCCGCGCCGGGCGCAACCCAGCAGGUCACCGAAACCGAGGAGCGACGUGCCAUUGGCCUCACCAUCAUUCGCGGCGCGCACGUCAUCUCGCUGUCCGUAGAUGGACCACCGCCCGCCGACCCUGCCGCACGACUGGGAGCUGCCGCUAGUGGACCCUCGACGGCUGCGGCGCUGGCUGCUGGACCUGGUGUUGCGCGACCGGCAGGACGUGGACUGCCCGUCGGUCUCACUGGACCUGCUGCUGGUGUAGGAGGACCCGGUGCUGGGUUCGGUGCACCGCCCUUCGCUGGCGGCCCACCAGGAUUCGCAGGACCGCCUCCUGGCUUUGGCGGUCGUGGUGGUCCCCCGGGUGGACCUCCUGGCUUCCCACCUGCUGGCGGACCUCCUGGCUUUGGUGGUCCCCCUGGCUUUGGUGGACCACCUGGUUUCCAGGGGCGCGGUGGCCCUCCAGGUUUCGGCGGACGAUAG